AUGAAGAAAUUUCAAGUGGCCCCCCCACCCAAUUUGGCACGACUUCAUCGUGCAAGGGAGGAGUUAGGCCACCCGGAAUUUACUCCUCCUAGAACGGGUCAAAUAGAAGAACAAAUGACGGACCACAAUGUCCGAACCGGUUUCUCCGAGCCGUUGUUCGUCGACGAUGAGAAUGGGUCUGCUUAUGAGUUCUUUGCCAGUGACCUGGCAACUCCCAAUAUAUUGGCAUCGGUGGAGACAUCGUUUCUCGAGAUAAUACGGAACCAGCGGAUGGGUGUCGAAAUGCUUGACAGCACGCAUAAUAUCGAGUUACCGCCUCGCCGUCAUAUAUCGGAUAAGGACAAGUGGUUUGAUAUGCUGGCUUCGGAUGUUCCAUUAAAAAACUUGGUUCAGAUUUUUCCCGGCUCUCUUGAUUGGAUGCAUCUGUUGAGAAUUGCAUCUGAGAUUCAAGUUCCAUAUGUGAGGACUAUUUGGGCAAUAAAAGUACUUACCAAGUAUAUGGAAGUCGAGAACAAAAGCUUAAGCUUUGAUGGCUUAUGGGAUCGCAACACAUACCAAUUCCUGCUUGGUCAGCUUGAUUAUUUUGAUGCCGCUAAAUGGGACUACAGUGUACGAUUAACGAAAUACAUGUAUGAUGAUGGACUUCUAGGGCAGAGAUUUCUAAGAGACACGCUGAUCUAUUUAACCAACGAAGGUGAUGAUGAAUGGCGGUUGGCCAUUUGGCUAUUUCUUGUUCAGACAUUUUUGUUCGAGUAUCAGCGCAGCAUAUCUUUGAUGCGUUUACUACUAAAGGCAUUAUUUAAUCAGUUAACUAAGCUUCGUAGGAAUCCAGAUAACAUAUCGAGUCCCGAUCUACCAUACGUUAUGAUUAAGAACAUGUUGCAGGGUCUUCUUUUGACUGAUCCAGACACUUUUGUGUUGCCACGACGAUGGUUUGGCGAAGAAUUGCGUGAGCUUAUUCGAACUGCUUUGGUUGAAGAUGAUUCUAAAGCACCAGUUCCAGCACAGAUAAAAGCAAAACUACAGAAAAUAUUUGAAGAGAUCAACGAAAGAAACGAGAUUAUUGAUGACAGACGAGCACUAACAACAGGACGUUUCAGAAAAGAUGAUGCUGAUUCAGAACCAUCUACAUUAACCAAGGUACUCGAUAACGUUAAAAUGCCACCAAACUAUCAAGUUCUUGUAGCCGAGUAUUUCUCGACAAAGACAACUGACCUGUCAAAUCUAGAGAAAGAAUUAUCCGGGCACAUAUAUACUUUAUGCUAUUGGGCGGUUACUCAUCUUAGAAGUGGAGAUCAUAGAGUCUACAUUGUUAGUAAUGUGCUGACUACUUGGAAGAAUAAUGCAGCGAAUAGUGCAGAGAAGAACCGACGGCAGGCAUUCCUACAGAAUGCACUACUCGACUUUUUGGAUAAAUAUUCCCUAGUUGAAACUGGUAGUAGAGCAGAAGAAGACAUAGAAGCCGUUUCUCGAUUGUUCGCAGAACUAAUAAGAUGUAAAACUAAUGGCCAUUUCAGUAAUCUACAAUAUAUGUACCGUCUAAUAUCAAGAGGAGAUUUCACGCCUAUGAAAAUACAAACCGACAGAACGCUUCGUCAUAUACGCUACAUUCGAUGGUUUCCCAUGCAGUCUAAUAGUCAACAUCAACUAAGCCAGCGGCGAAGAAUGUUAGAUUGUGUAGAUAAUGUCCAAGAUACAGAGUUAAUAGAAAAAAUCAAAGAUAUAAUCAAAGAGAAGCUGUCACAUUCUUUUGGAGAUCAAAAUAAUGAGCUUAAGGAGGUUAUCUUUGAUGAUCCAACCAAGGACUUUGACUUAUUUUUGAACUUUGAUCGUGACAGCAUCGAGUUAAUAUCAAAGGCAACAAAAUUUGUACAGUUAUAUAUAACAAAAACUUGGUUGAUACCAGCCGUAAAAGGUUUUGUCCUAAAUGUGACAAUUGACGAAGAGAAUUGGCGGAAUCUAUCGGACCCCGGGUCGUCUUUACUCAGCUCUCGACAGUUUUCAAUAAUAGUAGAAAUUGCCUUAUGGGUAUUAGAACACACGAUGGAAAAAAGCAUGUUUCUGAUAAUACUGGAUAUAAUAAAGCGACAUGAAGUUAUAUGGGAAGCAAUGAACAAAAUGGCCACUAUCGUGGAUGUACUUUUGGGCAAAACCGAACAAUUGCGUAAGAAAAAUGCUGUUGAAUUAUCCAUUGUGAAGUAUCUCCGCAAGUUUACCGAUAUACCAGCGGACAAGAAGGCACAGCUCGAGAAAGAUUUACUAACACCAAUCAAGUACCCUCUGUUCACAGCUAUAGGUCGUCACCGAAAAAAUCUUGGUCCGGUUGAUUCCACUCUUAUGAAAAUCCACGGAUUUCGAAUCUCAAUAGCAUCUAAUAUUAACGGCAAGUGGAUAAAAUCCGAAUCAACGACAGGCUAUCUCUACGUCAUGCUUGAUGCUUGCAUCAGAGCUAUUAACUUGUACAAAAAUAGUUGCGAAGAUCCCCUGGAGAUUCGUCGAGUAAUUAUUAUUUUUGGCGAUAUUCUGCGCGAAAUUGGAGAUCGGACCCCGCUUGGUUUAGAUGGGGUAAUGCGAAUAUGGAUUAGUAACCAUUCCCAAACCAGUAAGACUGACCGAAUAGAUCGAGUCGAUAAGACAGAUUGGGAUGAAGUGGAUAAAGUGAAUGAGCGAGUGAUGAGCGAAGAGUCACCGACAUGGUUGUUACUGUUUAUAGUGACCUUGGUGUCAAAAAGACUGGUUUCUAUCAAGUGUAUAUUGCAUGAAGUAUGUGACCGAUAUUUAGCACCCGUAGCGGAGAAAAUGAGAAAACAUGAGGAGGUGGAUAAUGAAGAAUUGAACGAGUGUGUAAACUCGUGUCGGUUGUUGGGCUUACUGCUUGUUCAAGGUGGCCUUGACUAUGGGAAAGAUUUGCAAUUGACUAUUAUGGAAAUUCAAGCGCUGAAAACGCAAUGCAAGGAAUCCGAAUUUGGCCUGGGCAUUCUUGAUACAUUGUCUGUUACUUUCCAUAACCUUGCCAUAAUAGAAACCCUAGUUCACGCUCAAAAUCCAAAAAUAGCAAACGAAAUAGAACAAUUCCAAAUGGCUCUCGCUAACACCGAGUGGUUUGUACGACUCUGUACGGAGAAUGUGUCUGGAGUGCACGACAAAUUUAUCAAAGCAUCGAAGAAAUAUAGAUUGAGGAAGGUUGAGUCGAGGAUGAUUGAUAUUGUACAGUUAUCAUUGGGAAGCCAUGAUGGAAUUGACGGAUAUGCAUAUACACGUUCAACAAACGCGUUCAUAAACUAUUUCAAAACGGCGUUUUCACAAAUUGAUACAUGGAACUUUGAGAAACGCCGUAUAGAAUUUAGCCUUGUUAUGGACCAGAUAAUGGUUCUUAACUCCACCGGAGAUCACCUUGACAAAGACGGCGAUUCAUCCGUACCAAUGGACGUGGAUGAAGCGAAUCUCAAAGACUGUAUAACAGAAUAUUUCUGGAAAGAAUUAGUGUUACAAGGUAGACUUGACUGCGAUACUGUUAGCGCAAUUGUGAAAGACGUGCGGCCUGACAUUGCGAGAGAGUUAUUUGAACAAGGAAUGCUGGUCAUGAAAACGCAUACCGAGCUGAUCCCUGGAAUCGAAGAAGUAUUCCGGUCCUUGUUGCUCUCUGUGAAAGAUAAUCGUAAAAUCGAUUUUUGCGAAGUUUUAUUAGAACAAGUGCAAGUCCUGGUCGAUAGCAACGAGGACACGUUUGAGAGAAGUCUGCUGCCUCGUAUAAAAUGCUUUCUCUUGGUCAUAAAGAUACCUCUGGCUCUAUGUAAACAACAAGUUCUUUCUUCUAACGAUCCUAUCAAAGAAAGUGAUCUUUUGGGACGGUGGAUUAUUGCUCUUACUCAUUUGCUCGGAGAUAGGCGCAUACACCAGAAUGGAGCCGGGGUAACAAAGUUUAGAUUAAUUUUAGACCUUGUUACUAUGCUUCACGAUGAAAUGCCAGUGUCAUUCCGGAAUCACACUAUUGCCAAGUUGAGGCAACAUGACUUUACUAUUCCUCCAGUUUGGGGUGAACGUGUAAAACGAGUUCUGCCGUGGCAAUCAGUAUUAGGUGAAGUUAAUGGAUCACGCAAGCGUCCAUGGGAGUUGAUUGGAGGUCUAGGAGAAGACGAUGAUUAUUCUUGGACUCCAAUUAGCCUCC